ACCAUGGAGUCUCCUAACCACACUUUCCUGGACUCUUCUGUUUUCGUCCUCACGGGCAUCCCGGGUCUGGAGCAGUUCCACCCGUGGCUUUCACUCCCUGUGUGCCUCCUGGGUGCAGCCACAGUUGUGGGUAACACAACCAUCCUGGCGGUCAUUGCCACUGAGCCGGCCCUGCACAAGCCUAUGUACUUGUUCCUGUGUAUGCUCUCCACCGUCGACUUGGCUGCCUCUUUCUCCACAGUCCCCAAGCUCCUGGCCAUCCUCUGGUGUGGAGCCGGACACAUAUCUGCCUCUGCAUGCCUGGCGCAGAUGUUCUUCAUUCAUGCUUUCUGCAUGAUGGAAUCCACUGUGUUGCUGGCCAUGGCCUUUGAUCGUUACGUGGCCAUUUGCCACCCACUCCGCUAUACCACUGUCCUCACUGACACCAUCAUUGCCCGCAUUGGGGUGGUAGCUAUGGUGCGAGGUUCCAUUCUCAUGCUCCCGUGCCCCUUCCUCAUUCAGCGCUUGAGCUUCUGCCAAAGCCAUGUGAUCCCGCACACCUACUGUGAGCACAUGGCUGUAGUGAAGCUAGCCUGUGGAGACACCAGGCCUAAUCGUGUUUAUGGGCUGACGGCGGCACUUCUGGUCAUUGGCGUGGACUUGUUUUGCAUUGGUCUUUCUUAUUUCCUCAUUGCACGAGCUGUCCUUCGCCUCUCAUCUCAUGAAGCUCGGUCCAAGGCCCUAGGGACCUGUGGUUCUCAUGUCUGUGUCAUCCUAAUCUCUUAUACACCUGCCCUCUUCUCUUUUUUUACCCAUCGCUUUGGCCACCAUGUUCCACUCCACAUUCACAUUCUUUUGGCCAAUGUGUAUCUGCUCUUUCCACCUGCUCUUAACCCUAUGGUAUACGGAGUUAAGACCAAAGAAAUUCGGGAAAGGGUUGUCAGGGUGUUUCAAAAGGGACAGGGAACUGGGCUUAAGGCAUUGGAGUGA